AUGAUCGCCGCCUUGGCGGCGGAGUCGUCGCCGUCGCAGAUCUCGCGAUCGACGACGUCGGGGUCGGGCGGGUCGUCGCGGUCGCACAGAUCGCUAGACGAAGCGGGCGAUCAAUUGUCAGUGGAGGGGCAUGAAGCGGACAUGGAGAAGAUGCGCGCCGCGAUAACAGCCGCGGGAAUCCCGCUAGAGGGCGUGUCGGAGCUCACGCUCCUGCGCUUCCUCGUGGCGCGCAGCUUCAACAUCGACCGCGCCUCGACUAUGUACGUGGAGCACCGCAAGUGGCGCGCCUCCUUCAUUCCGCCGGGCUUCUACCCCGCGCGCGCGGGCGACCCCGAGCCGCAGUUCUCGCCCGCGCUCAUGGCGCCCGUGUCGCUGCAGUGCGCGGACGGCGAGCGCUCGUGGGUGAUCUGCCGCCUGCGAUACCACGACGCGUACCAGCGGAAACUGGACGCGCUUCUCAAGUCGGUCGUAUACACCAUGGAUAAAGCAAUCGCCAGCCUGCCCCCCGACCUGCACAAGUUCGGCGUGAUAUUCGACCUGCAGUGCGUGGCAUACAAGAACCUCGACUCCAGAGGAGGCAUCGCCUCACUCAUCCUGCUGCAGAACCAGUUCCCCGAGCGCCUGGCGAAGCUCUACUUCAUCCACGUGCCGUCCAUCUUCUGGGGCGUGUGGAAGAUCGUCUGCCCCUUCAUCGACCCCUACACCAAGAAGAAGAUCUCGUUUGUGGAGGACCGGCAUCUGACAAGGACGCUACUGAGCGCCAUCCCCCCUCACGUGCUGCCAUCGGAGUAUGGCGGGGCAGCAGACUUCGUCCCGCUCACUGAUGUGCCCGUCUCCAACUGGCCGCACCCCACUGACUGA